ACUCCCUUUCCUCUCUUCUCUCGUCUUCGAAUUCACUCUCUCUUUCUCUCCCAAAACCAGAAGUUCUAGACCCUCUCUUAGAACUUAAAUCAUUAACAUGUUGUUAGGGAAGCGUCCCCGCCCUCCGAUUCGGAGAACGACAAGCAUGACCGGGAUAACCGUCGAUCAGAGCAACGUGGAAGACCAGGAGCCGACUGAAAACCCUAGCAUGAUGAUGGAUGUACAUGCACCAUCGAUGGUGGUGGUCCCUGAUGGGCCUUUGAAUCAUCUUCAUAGCCCUAGCAGCUUGGGGUACCAUGAACAGCACCGUUUCUUGGCCAUGUUGUCACCCAGAACCAACAGCAGCAACCACCGGAGAAACUCGGACUCCGACCUAGUCGAAACCGCUCACUUCCUCCGCACGUGCGGCCUCUGCAAACGGAGCUUGGCUUCCGGCCGCGACCUCUAUAUGUAUAGGGGAGACACAGCUUUUUGCAGCCUAGAAUGCAGAGAGCAGCAGAUGAAGCAAGACGAGAGAGUAGAGAAGUGUAAGGGGGUGUCCUCGAAGAAAGAUGACCGCCAUGCAACAACUCGAUCGAGCUCCAAGGCCUCUGGUAAAGCCCAGACUGUGGCCGCAGCUUAACUAAUCAAACCCAGAAUCGAAGGACUGGAGGAGCAAAAUAGUCGAUCAUAUUAUGUAUUAUAGAUAUGGCACUACUGCUGCAAACCCAUCAUUUUCGAUCUUCAAGAUUAAUGAAUUGCCCGGCCGGCCCCCAUUGACGUUAUUUACAUAACAGUAUAUGUAUGUACGCACGUACUGCCCUACACAGGUGAUCCGUACCUGUUGCAGCUCUUGCUGUGGCACAUAUGUAUGCAAGUAUGGUUUUGUAAACUUAAUCGCAAAAAAGGUCCGUGGGUGCAUUUGUAUUGUCGAUGCAAAUGGGGCAUGGCCAAAUCUAGCUCUAGUUGCAAUGUUUUUGUUCCUAUUUGUGGUGAACCCGAUUAGCUUUCCUAUCCUUGCUCUAAUGAACCUGCAGUUAAUUA